AUGUCAGAUCCGGGCACAGCCGUAGGCACCAAUGCCGACAAAGGUAAGAGCUCAGCAAAUAAUUCAAUCGCGCAAGAAGACCCCCCUCUGGACCACCAUAAAGAAAAACCAAAUAAAGAACUCCAUCUCAAACCCAACGGUAAUAAAAAGGUACCCUCCGUCAAAAGCAAAACGUCGCGAGCACGUGAAAAAAACGUUCUAGGCUCCCGUGAAAAGGAACCAGAAACGGCGGGUCAUAGUUGUAGAACGUGCAGAUCGGCAGACAACAGCCGUAUGGUACAGUGCGAUGGCUGUGAUGGAUGGCACCAUUAUGAAUGCGUCGGUGUCGAUGAUCAGAUAGAGAAAAAACCGUGGCGGUGCGUAAUUUGUGAGAAGGUUCCGAAGAAACGGGUAUCGAAGGUAAAAGUAUCGGAGAAGAAGAAAUUUCCCAAGGUCCAAUCAGUAAAAUCGGCGACGUCAAGGAAAUCUUCUAGGAUUGAACUAGAAUUGCAGUUACGCAAGCUGGAAGCAGAGCGGACGCUACUGGAAGACAAGAAGAAGUUGAUCGACAGGCAGUAUAGUGUACUUCAACAGCUCGCGGAAAUUGAAGAGGGCGUGGAUAACGAUAGCGAUUCCGUUGAUGGUGACUCCAAGGUGAAGGAUUGGCUGCGGGAACAACACGAAGAAGAUGGUACGGACUCAAGCGAUGAGUACCCCGGUACUGAAGAUGCGGAAGAGAGCAUCUGUAGUUCGUCGGAGGAGGAAGCGGACGAUAAUUCAAGGGCCAACAGUCAGCACUUCAAUCCAAUACAACGUUCGACGCCCAAAAUUGUCCCAAGAACCCGUCAGACGAAAGAUACGCACAGCAACCGGUUGAACUGUGGCCUGACCCGCAAUCAGCUUGCGGCUCGCCAGGUAGUUGCAAGAGACCUGCCCCUAUUCACUGGGAAUCCAGAAGAGUGGCCUAUCUUUUUUUCCACUUUCGAGAGCACGACUCAAAUGUGCGGAUACACCAACGACGAGAACAUGAUUCGCCUGAGAAACUGUUUAAAAGGUGACGCAUUCGCUACUGUGAAGAGUUUUCUACUUCAUCCAUCGACAGUGACUAGAGCAAUUAAUGCUCUUAAGCUGAGAUUUGGACAGCCGCGGUUCGUCAUUCAGUCACUGAGGGAGAAAAUUCUCGCCAUGCCGCCGGUAAAGCCCGACUCAAUCAACAAAAUGAUUGAUUUCGCACUAGCGGUGCAAAACCUUGAAGCAACCAUCGAUGCGUGCGGUCAGAAAGAACUUUUGCGAGAUUCGUCCUUGCUGAUUGACUUGGUUGGAAAACUUCCGGCCUCAAUGAAGUUGGAGUGGGCGAGAUACACGCGAUGCUUACGAAAGAUCAGCUUAACCGGUUUCAGUAAAUGGGUUUACGGCAUGGCUGAGGAUGCAUGCUUGGUAGCUGAACCAGUCAGAAAUCAGGAUACGCAGCAAAACCAUGAGCUACGCAGAAAGUCAAAGGCUUUCCUGAACACUCACGCCGAACAACAGAGUUGGAGAAAAGAAGAUACACUCGUGUCAGGCAGUAGCAUACCGAAGAUGACUGCUUUAAAGAAAAAGGUGUACACUCAUCAGUGUAUAGUCUGCAAAGGAACUUGCGCUUCCUUUGCAAAGUGCAAGCGGUUCCUGGAUCUUUCCUAUGAUGGAAGGUGGGCAACAAUCCGCGAAGCAAGAGUUUGUCGGAAAUGUUUGAAGCAGCACAAAGGGGGAUGUGAAUCAAAGGAUUGCGGAGUGAACGGUUGCACCUACAAACAUCACCCCCUGCUGCAUAAGGAGCUGAAUGCAGAGACGUCACCGAUUGGGAGGCCACAGCGUGAAGAACAGUCGUGUAACACUCAUCAAUCUGGUUCAAGUUCCGUUUUGUUCCGGUAUGUUCCGGUCGUAGUUUACGGCAGUGGAAUCGUGAUUCACUGCUACGCCUUUCUGGAUGAUGGAUCCUCGAAGACGUUUAUGGACGAGGAACUGGCUAAGGAGCUAAAUCUCUCUGGCGAACGCCACCCACUCUGUCUCAAAUGGACUGGGGGUCUACAUCGUUCAGAAGACGAUUCGCGCAGCGUUCAAUUCGAUAUUUCCGGAUUAAAAGGGAAACGGUUCCAUUUCGACGACGUUCGGACGGUGAAGGAACUGCAACUACCGUGUCAAACGCUUGACGUUAAACAACUGCAGGCUGAAUACAACUACUUGCGAGGCGUUCCUGUGCAGUCUUACCGGGAUGUUCGGCCACGGCUUCUGAUAGGUGUUCAACACGCAAAUGCCACGCUUGUAAGAAAGAGCCGCGAAGGCAAGGUUGGUGAUCCAAUUGCUAUUAAAACUAAUCUUGGCUGGACGAUCUAUGGAGGUGCUCCAGUUAAUCAACCUAUGAGUUUGGUGCACUAUACGUAUCAUGUUUCAUGCUGUGAUCAUGAAACUGAAAACAAUUCAGACACACAUUUGAACCGUGCGAUGAAAGAGUAUUUCUCUUUGGAAAGCUUUGGCAUCAUGUCACCGGUCAAACAGGUCCGUUCUCUUGAAGAUGAGCGUGCUAUGAGCCUUCUGUGUGAGCGUACCCACUUUGACGGCGUCAGAUAUACAACGGGAUUGCUAUGGAGACACGAAAAUGUGCAACUACCUGACAACAAAGCGAUGGCGCUUAAAAGCUUCAACCUCCUUGAUCGUCGUAUGGAAAAAGAUCCCGAUCUAGCACGGAUGAUGAAGGAGAAGCUGACCGAUUAUCUGGCGAAGGGCUACGUACGUAAGCUGACUACCCAAGAAUUGACAGAAAGUCACGAGCGUGUCUGGUAUUUGCCUGUGUUCCCUGUAACUAAUUCAAACAAACCAGGGAAGGUCAGACUAGUUUGGGAUGCAGCUGCUACGACAUGUGGAAUAUCACUGAACUCUGCAUUGCUCGCUGGACCAGAUUUGAUGGAACCGCUGAUACACGUCUUAUACAGAUUUCGCGAGAGCCGUUUUGCGAUAUGUGGUGACAUACGCGAAAUGUUUCACCAGGUGGCAAUUUGCAAUGAAGACCAACACUGUCAGCGCUUCUUUAUGAGAGACGAGGCGGACCGUAACGAACCCAGCACCUACGUUAUGCAGGUGAUGACAUUUGGUGCAUCCUGCUCACCAACAACCGCGCAGUUUGUCAAAAAUAGAAAUGCAGAACGCUUUAGCCAACAGUAUCCAGCUGCCACAAGAGCAAUUAUACGGUGCACAUACGUCGAUGACAUGUUGAGCAGCACAGAAACGGAGCAGGAAGCUAUCGAUUUGGCGAAAUCUGUCUGGUUCAUUCACAAUCAGGGCGGAUUUGAAAUCCGAAAUUGGAUGUCCAAUUCUCCAGCUGUCCUGAAAGCGCUUUGCGGUGAUCAAAGUACAGAGAAGAGUCUUGACCUAACGUCAACCCUCGCUACCGAGAAGGUCCUUGGUAUGUGGUGGUGCACAAAGACUGAUUGCUUCACCUACAAGUUAAAUAGGGCGAGGCUAAGAGAAGACCUACUAGGAGGCAAAGGUUUUCCCACAAAACGCGAAGUGCUCCGGACCAUGAUGACCAUCUACGAUCCGUUGGGUUUAAUUGCACAUUAUCUCAUGUACCUAAAGGUCUUAUUGCAGGAGAUUUGGCGGACGGGUGUAAACUGGGAUGAGAAGGUUAAUCAAACGAGUUUCGACAAAUGGCAGACAUGGCUGAAGCUCCUCCCAGAGAUCGAAAAUCUGCAAAUACCAAGGUGUUAUCGACUUCGAAUGUCAAUCGAAGGACUUACAAGUGUUCAACUACACACCUUCGUUGAUGCCAGCGAAAACGGCAUGGCAGCUGUAGCAUAUCUCCGAUUUGAAGCAAAGGGUACAGUAGAAUGCUCGUUAGUUGCCGCAAAAACCCGUGUUGCUCCACUCAAGUACCUUACUAUCCCUAGACUGGAGCUUCAAGCGUCACUUAUGGGUGCCAGGUUAGCGCAUUCUAUCAUCCAAGGACUCGAUAUCGAUGUUUCUCAGUGUGUUUUUUGGACAGAUUCAAGGAACGCUCUCUCGUGGAUAUGUGCAGAUCACCGUAGGUAUAGUCAGUUUGUGGCUGCUCGGGUCAGUGAGAUUUUAGACCUGACAAACGCUUCUGACUGGAGAUGGGUUCCCACUAAAUCGAACGUGGCCGACGAAGGAACUAAAUGGCAGCGACGCCCUUCGUUCACUAGUGAGAGUAGGUGGUUCCACGGACCUGAAUUUCUUUGGAAGCAAGCAGAAGAGUGGCCAAUUACGCCCGUUAGAACGGAGGAGACUGCUGAGGAAUUGCGUGCCGCCGUUCACAUUCAUCACACAGCAGCAAAACCGGAGUUUCCAGUGAAUAAGUUUCGUGAUUGGAAAAGGUUAAUCCGAACUACAGCGUAUGUUUUCCGAUUUCUUAAUAAUGUUCGACCGACGAAAUUUUCUCGAAUCUGCGACGGUUUGACUAGCGAGGAAAUUCACGAAGCCGAAAACUUUCAUAUUCGUAUUGCACAGCAAACCAAAUUUCAUGAAGAGUUUUCGAUUCUUCGUCGCAAAGGCGAUAACGCAACGCUUCCUAAACGAAGCUCUCUGUUUAAAUUGGUCCCAUUCAUCGAUGAGCAAGGAUUACUACGCAUGAAAGGCAGAACGGGAGCAUGCGAAUACAUCUCGCCAGAUACCAUCAAUCCCAUCAUUCUUCCGCGCGACCACACGAUAACAUACUUAAUUGUACGAAGCUACCACGACAAGUUUCACCAUCACAAUCAUGAAUCGGUCAUCAACGAAGUCCGUCAGAGAUUCUGCAUCAGUCGAUUGCGCCGAGUGUAUGCCAAAGUAAGAUCCGAUUGCCAACGUUGUAAGUUGAGAGAUACACGUCCGCGCGCUCCAGCAAUGGCUGAUCUUCCCCCGUGUAGGCUGGCCGCCUUCGUCCGUCCGUUUACUCACACAGGGAUAGACUAUUUCGGUCCGAUGGAGGUGUCUAUUGGGAGAAGGGUUGAGAAAAGGUGGGGGGUCCUUCUAACAUGUCUCACAAUACGCGCAAUUCACAUUGAAUUAGCUAGCUCAUUAACCACUAACUCGUGCAUAAUGGCCAUUCGAAAUUUCAUUGCCCGUCGUGGAACUCCAGCUGUAUUUUACAGCGACAGAGGCACCAACUUUAUUGGCUCUGAUCGUGAACUUAAGCAGUCGCUGAAGGCUAUUGACCAAAACAAAAUAGCUCAAGAAUUUGUUAGUUCCAGCACUGUAUGGCGUUUCAAUCCUCCGGCAACUCCCCAUAUGGGGGGAAGUUGGGAAAGGCUCGUCCAGUCAGUAAAACGAACCUUAUCGGAAAUAAAACCAUCUCCAAGACCAACCGACGAGGAACUUAAGAACGCGCUGAUGGAAGUCGAAGCUAUUAUUAACGCACGUCCGCUUACACACGUAGCAGUCGAAGAUGAAGCAGCUCCUGCGCUUACUCCAAAUCAUUGGCUGUUGGGAACAUCCAAUGGGUCGAAACCGUGGUCUCUACUGGAUAGCAGCUCUAUCGCUCUAAGACGAGGCUGGCAUCAAUCACAAGCAUUCGCGAACCAUUUCUGGAAAAGGUGGCUUCGAGAGUACCUGCCGGAGAUAACGAGACGUAGCAAGUGGCACCAGAUGGUUCCGCCAAUCAAGGAGGGGGACAUAGUAUUGAUCGUUGAUCCGGGGAGUCCGAGAAAUUGUUGGCCAAAGGGGCGCGUUAUUGGCACAGUCAACCGAGAUGGCCAGGUACGUAAGGUAACGAUUCGAACAGCGAACGGUGUUUACGAGAGGGCAGCUGUAAAUGUCGCAGUACUUGAUGUCGAUGGAAAAGGAGUUAGCAAACUCGAGGACGGAGUCAGCGAACUGGGGGGGAGUGUCGUCGAAGCCCCCCGGCAUCAAUCGCAUCUCACUAACAGCUACACUCUGAGUCGAUAA